AUGGGUGCCACGUCGCACGAGGCCUACGUUGUCAAGACCCUCGAAGCCAACUUGACGCAGCCGCUCACAGUCUUUCGUGUCGUCACCCCGGCGGAUUCCAUGGACGCAGAGGGCCCCCCGGAGUCACACUCGUCGCCGCCGCCGGGCCGCAUUGCCGUGGUGGGAAUGGGCGGGCGCGGCCCGGACAGCCACGCCAACGACUCCCUCGACCAGUUUUGGAACCUCAUCCGGCAGGGCCAGGACGUCGCCCGAACCAUCCCAGAGGACCGUUUCGACGCCGACAGUCUGUUCCCGCCCCACGCGGCAUCUUCGUCAUCAUCAUCAUCAUCACCCUGCCGGUCAUCGACAGACUAUGGGUGCUUCCUCCGGGACCCCGGUCACUUUGAUGCCCGAUUUUUCCGUCUUUCCCCUCGGGAAGCCACCCUGCUCGACCCCUGCAGCCGGCUCUUCCUCAUGGCCGCCCACGCGGCUGUCGAGAUGUCCGGGUACUCGGACGGUCCCACCCGAACUGUUGACCCGGCCCGCAUCGCCGUCAUCUACGGCCAGAGCAAUGAGGACGGCUACAUGACGAGCCAUCACGAGCGUGGGUGCGACGCUUACACGCUGCAGACGGUCCAGCGAGCCUUUGCACCAGGUCGCGUCGCCCACCACUUUGGAUGGGAGGGCCCGACCUGGUCGGUCGACUCAGCCUGCUCAACCUCUUCUUCUAUCCUGCACCUGGCAACCCGCCUCCUGGUGUCGGGUGAGGUUGAUAUGGUCGUCGCCGGUGCCUCAAAUGUCAUUUCAAGCCCGCACGGCUGGUGCGCCCUUUCCAAGUCUGGCGUGCUGUCCGCCACCGGCAACUGUAAGCCCUUCCGCGACGACGCCGACGGAUACUGCCGCGGCGAGUUCGUUGGUGCCGUGGUGCUCAAACGCCUUGAAGAUGCCGUCGCCCACAACGAUAAUGUCCUCGCCGUCAUUGCGGCCUCGGGCAAGAACCAGUCAGGCAACGCCGCGUCCAUCACAGCACCCGAUGCCGGCGCCCAGGAGCGGCUGUUCAGGCGGGUGCUCCGCACCGCUGGCGUCGCCCCGGCCGAUGUCUCGUACGUUGAAGCACACGGCACCGGCACUCCCGUUGGCGACCCCUGCGAGAUGACCGCCGUCUCCAAUGUCCUAGCGAGACCUGGCGUCGAGGACGACACGCAUCGGCUUGCGGUGGGCGCCGUCAAGGCUAACAUUGGCCACAGCGAGGCCGCUUCGGGCAUCGCCUCACUCAUCAAGGGCGUCUUCAUGUUCCGCCACCAGAUCAUGCCGCCCCAGGUUGGCAUGCCUCACGCUUUGCACCCGAGGUUGCCACCCCUGGCUGAGCUGGGCAUCGCGAUCCCGUCCGCCGAGCGCAUUUUCGCAUCAGCACCGGGUAGGCCGAGACGCAUCCUCCUCAACAACGUCGACGCGGCCGGCGGCAACUCUUGCCUACUGCUUGAAGACCCGGCUGGUCUUGUCCCACAAGCCACCGCAUCCUCCGAGGGCCCCUCCGCCGACCACUAUGUGGUGGCUGUCAGCGCGCGGACGCAGGCAUCGCACCGCGAGAACAAGCGCCGGCUGGUCAGCUGGCUCAAGGCGAACCCGGCGGCGCGGCUCGCAGACGUGGCCUACACGACAACCGCUCGGAGGGUCCACCACCGCCCUUUCCGCUCCGCCUACGCCGUCUCAUCGGUUAGAGACCUUAUCGGGUCUCUCGAAACAGACUUGGACCUGACGAACGACGCGGAUACGCGUCUCCCAGGUGCUGCUGUCAGCACCACCUUGCCGGGUCACAGGUCGCGACCUGUCGUAUGGAUCUUUCCAGGACAGGGCUCCGAGCAUGUCGGAAUGGGCAGGGAAUUGUACCAUUCCAGCCCCGUCUUCCGCGGGAUGGUCGACCGUUGCGCGCAGCUCUGUGCCGAGCACGGCUUCCCCCCCUUUGUUGACGUCAUCGUGGAUGCUGCCGGACGUCAGGGCGAAGGUGUCGAGACGGAGAGCGGCGGCGACACGAUAGUAAAGAACCACCUCGCCUUGGUGACGCUCGAGCUAGCGCUGGCCGCCUUCUGGCGCCAUGUCGGUGUCGAGCCGACCAUGGUGAUUGGCCACUCGCUCGGUGAGUACGCGGCCCUUCACGUGGCUGGCGUCCUUUCGCUCGCCGAUGCCCUCCAUCUCGUAGGCCACCGUGCGCGGCGGCUACUCGCCGUGUGUGAACCCGGCGCCUGCGCCAUGCUCGCCGUCUCGGCCGCUGUCGACGCGGUUGAGGCCUUCUUGGCCUCUAGACGGGGCCUGCUGCCGUCGUGCACCGUGGCUUGUAUCAACGGACCGAGCGCUGUUGUUGUUAGCGGCACGAGGGCCGAUGUCCUCACCGCUUCCGAGGAGUUGGCCCGAGAGGGCAUCCGCUCUCGGCGGCUCUCCGUCCCCUACGGGUACCACUCGUCACAAAUGGACGCCGUGGUUCCUGACCUAGAGAGGCUUGCGGCGGCCGUGACCUUCUCGCCGCCCAAGGUGCCGCUGGCCUCGACGCUUCUCGCGUCCGUGGUGAAGACGUCCAGCAAGACGAUCAACCAUAGCUACCUGGCACGGCAGACCCGUUGUCUUGUGAACUUUUCCGGAGCCGUGAAGGCCGCCAACGCCACACUGGGAGAGGGCAACAACGCCAUCUGGCUCGAGCUGGGCCCCCGAGGCGUAUGUGCAUCUCUGGUACGUUCCAUUCUCCCGUCCUCGGUGCGAGAGUCCACCGUGGUUGCGUCGACAAUGGAGCAUCGUAAAACCGCAUCUACUUGGUCGUCCGUCUGUAGUUGCCUGUCCGACAUGUACGCCAACGGCAUCGACUUGGACUGGCUCCGGCUCCACGGGCCGCGUCAGGGAAGCCUCAAGCUCUUGUCUACGCUACCGACGUACGCCUGGGAUGUCCAGGAUUACUGGAUCAGGUGGACUGAGAAGACGUCAGCUCCAUCGCAAGAAGCAAGCUCGGCCGGACAAGACGCGGCUGGGCUACAGACAAUGCACUACACCUGCGCGCAAAACAUAAUCGACAAGACGGACACCCAGGUGACGUUCCGUUCGCGGCUUGCCCACCCGGCUUUGAAGCAGAUAAUCGACGGCCACCGAGUGCAGGGAGUUCCCGUGUGUCCCGGCUCUGUGUAUUGCGACGCCGCGCUUGCCGCCGCCUCCCAUGUGCUCGGGGAGCAGAGCGACACGGAUGGCUUGGGACUCGCCCUCGCUGAUAUUUCUCUCAUCCGCCCGCUUACCGAAAACCUGGUGGGAUCGGACGGGGAACUCUUCACCAGCGCAACGGUUCAGCAAGACCUCAAGACUGGUACGGCCCAAGCCGUCGCGGUCUCGUUCAAGACCUCCUCCGGGUCCCCAUCGCUGGCACGUCAAGUUGCGCUCGGCACAUGCACCGUCACAAGGCAGGACCCAACAGCGAUCCAAGCUGUAUGGGAACGCAACUCGUACUACGUCAAGUCGCGAAUGGACCUCAUCACCCAAAACGCCAAAGAAGGGCGCGGUCACUGGCUCCAGCCUGCACUCUUUUACUCCCUCCUGUCCCGCACGUUCGAGUACCACAAUGAGGGCUUCAAGGCCAUCACCGAAGCCUUCGUGUCCCCGGACUUCCAGGACGCCACCGCGCACUGCGUCCUGGCUGAGACUGCGCCCGGAACCCGCUUCGUCUCGUCGCCAUACUGGGGGGAGGCCUUGGUUCACUUGGCCGGCUUUCUUGCAAACUGCCGUCCUCGCCAGCCUACCGCCGCCGAUUCCACCAUCUGCAUCAUGCACAGCAUCGGCCGCAUUGAGCGAGUUGCUGCGCUCGAGCCCGGCAAGGCCUACACGACGUACGCCCGCAUCUGCACGAAGAGGUAUGACGCAUUGUAUUGUGAUGUGUUUGCUUUUGACGCCGCCGGUACCAUGGUCCUCUCAUGUGUCGAUAUGUGUUUUCGCGAGUUGAGCACCACCGUCAUGGCGCAGGCGUUGGGAACGUUCAAGGGCCCCCCCGUCCCCGGUGACGAUGUUCUUACUCGCGACGCGAAGCCACGCGCCGUCAUCUCGGCUCCUUCAAAGGGCACGAAGCCCCUCGCGACGUACGUGACAGGUCGACAAGACAUAAACCAGGCAGCAGACGAACCGGCAACGAGGGGUGAGACUGUGGAUGUUGCGGACGCCGUCAUCCGGAGUAUUGCCGUGGAAACGGGAUGCCACUUGUCACGUCUCGCCGACGACCAGGACUUGGUCGAUCUCGGCGUUGACUCCAUCAUGGCCAUCGAGAUCGUGUCCAGCGUAAAGGCCACGACCGGGUGCGACCUCGCCCCGAGCUUCCUGCUUGAGUGCCACACCAUUGGUCACCUGCGCUCCCUGCUGCGUGGUCGGAAUAAGGCUAGCCCGUCGAACGACAGCGGCGACGUUGACAGCAACAGGGAUGAUCUAGAAGCCUGCAAAUCGGGCUCGUCAGCCGAUUCGGAAGACGACAACGACCGCAACAAGAACAACAGCAGCAACAAAGUUCGUCCUCAGGCGAGAGUCACGUUACUGUCCAAGUGUACAAACGCAAACAAACAAGCCGGCCAGCACCGGUUGUACCUGAUGGCCGAUGGUUUUGGCUCCGUGUCUUCCUACGUCCACCUGCUCGCCCACAGGUUCCCAGCCGACCUGUACGGCAUCGACUCGCCAUACCUCCGGUGCCCAUUGCAGCUAACCCCCGACGUGAGCAUCGAGAGCAUUGCACGCCUUAUGGUCGACGCGCUGCUCCAACAUCAGCCCCAUGGCCCCUUCACGCUUGGCGGCUUCUCCGGAGGCGGCAUCCUGGCCUACGAGAUGACCCGCCAACUUAUUGCGGCCGGCCACGAGGUCCGGGGCCUUCUCAUCAUCGACAUGCGGUGCCCGCUGCCGCUGCCGGAACAAAACCUGAAGAUGCCAUCGUCGGACCGCGCUGUGCCGCCCGACAUCAUCCAGAACCUGACCAACCACACCUUUGCCCUCACCUCAGUCGGCUGGAACCCAGACUCGGACACGGCCCGCCAUCUGGUCAGGUUCUUAGACACCGUAGCUAGGUACUGCCCUCCAAUGCCGCCGCCGCCGCAGCUGCAACAGGCCUGUUUCAACGUAGCCACGGCCAUCGUGUGGUGCGUGAAGGGCAUGAUAACACAUCUGCAGCGGCACCCUGACCUCAUGCGGCGCGCGGCCGAACACGGCGUUCCUCUUGAGCCGUUUCCCGGCUUUAUGCAGGACGCCAAGCUCGGCCACCUGCUCUGGAGCCUGCUGAACAAGACGCCCGCCGACUUGGGCCCCAACGGUUGGGAGAACUACGUCAAUAAUGGCAGCGGCCAGAGCGACCGCGACAUAUUGUGUUUGUCGGUGGACGCCAACCAUCAGGAGGUAAUGCAGCCGACAUAUGCUCGUAAGACAGCCGAGGCCAUUGGAAAGGCAUUGGGUUUUUUUAGUGAUCGAGCUGAUGAACGGCAUGGCUCAUAA